AUGGAUAAACACGCAACGCGGCUCCUGCGGCAUCUCAAGCGAAUAGUGGCCCAGCAAGAGUCCAAUCAAUCGUCUCCCGUCAACGGCAAGGAACAGAGGCUUAACGACGCGGUGUCAACUUCUCCAAAGGAUUCUCUCCUUUCCGAGACUCAGCGUUCUGCUCUCAUUCCUGCACCGACCGCAUUCCCCACGCUCGCAGCAGCCAUAGCAGCCGCUGCGUCGGGGACUACGAGCAGCAGGUCCAAGGAUCCGUCGCAAAGGGCAAUGAUGCCGCCCCCAAGCUCUCGCCCUUCCAAGUCGCCUCGUCCUUCCGCGACCACUGUUUCGCGACGCGCGGCCGCCGCUGCUGCUUCCAGUAGCCGUUCCGCGACGCUCGAUGCGCGCAAUGCGGUGGCUUUCCCAGCGCUGCGGGGCUCAGAUUCGAGCGUGCCACAGCAGUGCAGCAGCACGGGGGUGAGCAGCAGGGAGAGCAGCGACAGUGCGCAGGACUCUAGCCGAAACGAUGACCCGAACGCGUCCGCAAUGCACAACGGCGAAGCGACCCCUGCCGGCGCCGCGGGGGAGAGAAGUGGCAGGCGCAGCACCCCACAAAGCGGCACCGCCUCCAACGCGGCGUCGGACCGCGCCGCUCUUUCUAAGGCUCGUCCCCCUUCUAAGAAGCGGCCACGAGCGCCGAUACCGCUGGAGAUACCCCCGUCAGGCAGUUGCGACAACCCGGUUCCUAUCGCCCUGUACGUCUCUCCCCGCUCCCUCCGCCAAGAGCGCGGCGUUUCCGUCUCCCCGCGCAGCCGCAACCGCGGUUCCAGCGGCAGCGAGCCGGCGGUUCGUCAGCCGCCGGCAGUUCAGCUCCUGGAGUAUCUUCAAUCGCUGCUGGUGGCGCGACCCAAGUCGCAGGAGCAGCAGAAGGAGCAGCAGGAGCAACUGGCGGCGCUAAACGCGCUCACUAUGGACCUCCUCGUUGAAAACGUCGUUCUUGCCAUGACGAACAGCGGCUGCGGCGGCGGAAAUGCCUCUGGGGCCGUUGCUGCUGCGACCGACGAGAAACUGAGUGGUUGCGGCGAUGGGAGUAAUCCUCCCGUGGCGCCGCCUCCUGCUGACGCCGCGUGGACUGAUCUGGGCGUGCCUCCGGCGAAUGAAGCCGCAAGUGGAGGCAAUGCCUUCGUUAAAGACGACGCUUGGAAUGCGGCAGUGACGGCCGGAGACAAUUCUCUAGACAGCAGCACUGCUUCUGCCUCUGCUGCUGUGGCGGUCAUCUUGCUUGCUGCUUCCGCCGUCUCCUCCUCCGCCGUUGCAGAAGCUCCCCACUCGACCGUCUCUCCUGCUGCUUCUGCUGCGAGGCAGCUGCCGCCUUCUGCCGCUGUCCCUCCGCUUGUUUUGCCAUUGUCGACCUCCGCGAACGAAUCCCCAUCUGCGCCUUCAAUGUUUCCGCGCCUGGAGAGCAUUGCGGAGGCACCCUCCCCGGUGGAGACCAGUGAUGAAAGAGUCACGGCAGUGGAGCAAACUGCAGAUGCUGCUUGUAAGAAUGACCCAUCGGCUGCUGAAGGCUGUGAAGUCUCGUUGUCUGAGGUUCCCGGCGUUUCAUGGGACGAGCUUUUGAAAUCAAUGCAGGACCAAUCAGGGGAUGUCAUCGCGAGCAGCGGUUCUGGAAUCGACAGCCACAUCCCAUCGCUGGAUGACGAAGUGCAUGUGGAUAAAGAAGCCAGGGAACCAGCGUUGGAAAGGAGUGCGAGUGGAGGAGGCACUGAUUCUGCUGACAUGAAACAGAUGCAAGAGCUGCUCGCAGACCUGUUACAAUCACCAGACCUGUUGCAGGCUUCUGCUCCCGCUGGAGGCUUGGGCUACGAUUGCGACGGUGCAUAUGGCAUAAGCUUUGACCCCACCACUGCAGCUGCAGACACCACUGACAUUGCUUGUCAACCUCCUCAUCGUUCACAAUUCGAAACCGAAUUGGGCCAUUCAGAGCGCUCCUCCCCAUCAGCACCUGUCUCUGAUGCGUUCGACGAUUUCGAUAGCGUUACCGAAGUGGGCGUCGCGCGUCUCGCGGAGCCCGCGAUAGGAGAGAGGGCAUUAGGUGAGCCGGAACGCGCAACCACCGCUUCGCAGAAUGGACUGUCUUCCGCGGAAGACGCCGACGACGGUGAAGUUCCCCCGAACUCCACAGCCGCAGCUGCAGCCUCCGUGGGCGGCGCAGCAGGCGGGGAUGCGAUCGUUGACCGCGCGCCGGAGGGUUAUGCGCGCAGUCAACACGCGGAAAACGACGACGGCGCGGCGAGUCAACGCGGGGUUAACGAUCGGCGAGACGAGGCGAAGGGCGGAGCGGAACUCGGCGAGGAAACGCAGAGGAAUUGGGACGACCAUGGGCCGGGACAAGCGGCGGAGGAGGUUAAACGCGAUGAGGGGGUGAAAGGGAACGAUGGCGAGGAGUUUGGUGAAAAUAAGGACGCAGCUACGGAAUUGUGUGAAACGGGAUCAGCGGCACGAGGAAGUGAGGGGUCGGAGGGUGCUGCAUUGAAAAUUGAAACUGAAGAAAAUGGUAGCAGGCGACAAGCAGUGUCCGAGCUUAAAACGGAUGAUCCAGCAACGGAUGCCGCGCUUACCACUGACCUCGCUGAAAAUGCUCCGCUAAAGGACGACUCGAUUGCUGACGGUGUUGACGCAACUUCGGAUAAAUCGAUUCUGGGGUUAUCGGACGGGCCUGUACCCGGCGACGCUGUAACGUACCUUCUUAUAGAGGACGAUUCUCUUGAGGAUGAUUCAUUCGCGGACGAUGAUUUUCCCGAGGAUGACCCGAUAGUGGACGAUUCGUUACUGAACAAGUUUUAUCCAAUCCAAGGCGUUCUGCCCUCGUCAGACUCUGCAGAACUCGCGUCGUCAGCCGAAGCAGCCAUAGCCGCGUUACAAUCGCCGUCCUUCCCCUUCCCCUUCCCCACCGCCGCGCUCCCCACGGAAGCGCGCCUGCUGCUGUCGCUGCUGGCGCAAGACGCGCUAGACCGCGAGCAGUACCGCCGGUGGCGGGAACGGCUGCGCGUGGCGCAAUGGGAGUGGCGGAACGAGCACGAGCGGCGGAAGCUCGCGGUGAGGGAGGCGAUGGAGUGGGAGGCGCGCAGCCACGAGCGCGCGCAGGAGGACGACGAGCAGCGCAUUCGGCGCGCACGAAUGGCCGCGCGAGCCGUUGCGAGUGGCGCAGCGGCUUAUGGCGAGGGGUCCAGGGUUUCAUUCGCCUCGUUCGCCCUGUCGCCUGCUGCAGUGCAGCAGCCCGCGCACUUCUCCCCAACCUCCCCAUUCCCCCACUCCCCUCUACCGCCCGCCUCGCCUCGCUCCCCUCUCCUUUCCCCUUCCCCCGACCCUCCCCCCUCGCGCAAGCCCCGCGCGCCCCCCUUCCCCCCACCUGCCCCCGAGCCACGGCUCUGGUACGACGAGUGCUUCGACCCCGCAUACCCACCGCACCUCUUCCACCACCACUUCCGCAUGUCCCCUGGCACAUUCGACCACCUAUUCUCCUCCCUGCUCCCCAUAGAAGGCGUGCGUCUCCCCUCCUCCGCGCCCAAAAUCCCCCUCCGAAUGCGCCUCGCUGUGUGCCUCUGGCGCCUUGCAUCCGCCGAGCCGCUGUACUUAGUCUCUAGAAGGUUCGGGUUGAGUGGUGCCAUGUGCUCGCGGAUCCACCACGAGACCUGCGCCACCAUAUGCCAAGCCCUCAUCAGGACGCACAUUCACAUGCCGUCGUCGCCUGCUGAGCGUGCCGCUGCAGCAGGGAAGUUUGAGGAGGUGUGUGGGCUUCCAGGAGGGUGUGUGGCGGCGCUACACACGACGCAGAUCGCCAUGAACACGCCUCGCACGGGCGAGAGCAUGCGCGAGUAUGAGAACCGGCGGCUGUCGGCACGGCGGCAGAAGGUGGUUCAUUCCGUGGCGGUGCAAGUGGCAGUGGGAGCAGAUGGGCUGAUUCUUGAUGUGUCUGCUGGGCCUGGUUCUUUGACUGACCGUGACGUGCUUUUGCAGUCGCAGCUGUACCAGAGGAGGGGGGAGCGGUAUGACGUGGCGUGGGAGGAGGGUGUGGGGAAUGAGGAGGAGGAGGAUGCUGAUGAGGCUGCCAAGUCAGCUGCUGAGGUGGCGGAGGAGGAGGAGGUGAGACGAGCAAGCAAGAGAGCGAGGAUGGGGGGUGACAGGGGUGGGGGGCAUGCAGAAGCAGCUUUGGGCCCUGGAGAAAGGAGUAGGUUGAGAGUGGUGGAGGAGAUGGGGCGGAGGAAGUGUGGUUGA